CGUUUAGGUCACUGAAGCGCGAAAGGAUCUGCAUUUGUGUCUGCCAUAAAUUCAGGUGUGAAGCGACAAUCUGACAGAUGUACAACACGCACGUUUACACAUAUGUGUUUGCACAUUUCAUUGAAAGAGCUGGUUAAUGUUCGAUGCCUCUCAUUUUUCUUGCUAAGUUAGCCAUCUUUUACGAGAUUGACUCGUCACAAUCGAUACACGCCCGCGGCUCUUCAAGAGCAGCAGACACAUACUAGGAGGAUGCUCAGGCAGGCAAUAUCACUACACAAAAUGGAGACGGAGGCAUCAUUCCUCGGCAAUUUGUAUGUUUACUAGGCUAUACACGUCACUGCCCGGUGAUCUCGUACAACAGGUUGCAGUCUGAAAGUUCACAAUGGCAAUGCUGACCAACGCUUUGUCCUGGGUGCGCUCUCUUCAGGUCCGACACUUCACUCAUCAACAGGAGGUUCCCGAGAAGUAUCGAGAGGACGGCAUUCUUACUGGUUAUAGACUGUCCAAUCAGCCUUGGCGCUACUACAUUGGCAGUCUGUUUCAAAUCCACAAUGAGACAUUGAAUGUAUGGACACAUUUGAUUGGCUUGUUUAUCAUUUGGUACGCUCUGGGGCAGUAUUUUCUGAUUUACGAUUGGUGGACGGACAAAGACUCUUGGCCAAUGCUGACUUUCGGAAUAUGUUGUAGUUUGACACAUUUUUUGAGUUCGGUGGCCCAUUUGUUACAUUCGAAAAACCUCUAUGUACAUCAUUUGGUUUUUAUGAUAGAUUUUAUAGGAGUAGUUUUAUUUGCCUUCGGGACCGGAGUUUUGGCAAUGUAUUCGUGUUCAGACAAGGAAAUGUACAUGAUCCUGAGACCAUUUUUUCUGUAUGUCCUGGCCUUUUUAACGUGGUUUAAUCAUGCGUUUUUCUGUUUUGCACUACUUUGCUUCAGCGGUGGACCACAAGUAGUAAAGCGACGGGCACUGCAGGUGGCAGCACUCCUUGUAGAAGUAGUACUCAUAUUCAUACCUUUCUUUCCACGUUACUACAAGUGUUUUGUUAACCCAGACUGUUCUCUCCGCUCUUUUGAUCACAUCACACUGACAUUCCCAGCAUUUGGUGCUCAGGCAUUUUUCUUUUUGUCGCAAAUUCCAGAGAGAUUUUUUCCUGGAAAAUUCGACAUUGUUGGCCAUAGUCACCAAAUAUUCCAUAUUUGCGCUACCAUCGCACAGCUCCUGCAAAUGCGAGCCGUCCAUCAGGAUAUACAGAAUGGAGUGUCCAGUCACGCACAGCCUGACCUUUCGGCCAUGCUGACUGUACUUGCUAUACUUAUAUGUUGCUCAAUAGGGAGUAUUUGCGUUCUUCAGAAUUACAUUCCGUGUAGUCUAAAGAAGGGCAAGACUAAAUGAACCUUUUACAAUAACAGAAGUAUUAGCCAAUCUUGUCAUUUUGAAAGAAAUAUACCAGGAAGGAUAAAGUAUUUCUUUUUGUUUCUUAUGAAAUAGAACUGCUUUAUAUGUAGUUCCUUUAACUUAAAUGAUUUAUACAUGUUAUGGUGAUUUACGGCGAUAUCUUGGAUUCGUUGUCACAACUGUCAGUGGUGUGUUGUGAAGUGACUAUAUGGUAUUUUCUUUUUGAAAAUUAUGUGUAGUGUAUGUAAUAUAUACAACUCUUUCAAUUUUGUUUGUUUGUUUCAGGUCUUAAAGUCAGUAAUGACAAUUUACCAUUGUAGUAUUACAAAGAAUAUACAAAUUACCGUGAUUUGAGGGUAUUUCUCCUCGUUAAUGACAAUUUAACAUGGUAAUGUUAUGUACAAAUUACCAUGAUUUAAGGAUAUUUCCACAUUUACAACUUAACAUUGUUAUAGGUAUCGUGUCACAUGUAACUGUAUUUACUCAAGUGUGUUGCAAUUUCUAAAAGAAUGUACCAGUCCAUCUUUUUGCGACAUUGAGUGCAGAAAAAGCAGCAAAUCCAGUAUUCAUACUUGCCAAACUGGAAAAAUAGCACUCCAAAUUUUGACAAAUGCAGUAUUUUUAGCCACGGGGAAACCGCCGACAUUUGGUCUUUUAAAAAUUGACCAAUCAAAAAAACUGUUUAAUGUCGGAAACAUCGUGUGAUAUCCUCUUGAAGACACAUCUAAAUAUAUGCAAAUUUCCCACACUAAUCUUUGAAUACUUCUUCCUGUGGUAUUUACACAUGAGUUAUGUUGUUAUUGUCAAUCACUCAUGAGUAGUUUUCAAUCAAAAUUUACAUUUGUAAAUAUAUUGUUUAUGUAUUGUUAUGCUGUUAUUCCAUCAGAAAGUGUGUUCAUGUUAUAUCUUGCCAUUCUAUUGUAAUAUUCAAUUUACUUUUGUCAUAAUUACAUUUUACUAUUUCGAUCUUCCUCACAUUGAUGGCCCAAAAUCUCCGAGGCAUAAUUAUCAAAUCUAGCAUGUCUUUUACUAGGACAAUCGGGCGUCCCUUAUUGCCAUUGGAUUAAUGAUAUUUAUAAAAGCUUUCAUUUUAUUUUCUAUUAUUGACCGUUUUCAUUAAAAUUCUAGUCUUCCCUACACAAAUCAUAUGGAAUAUCAUUCCUUUCACUAAGACAUUAAUAAGCCAGUCUUCUUUUCUACGCGUUGAUGACUUUUGUUAAAAUUUUACGACGAGAUCAUGAUCUCAAUACGGUUCAGCGACUUCUAAUUUUAAACUUAAAAUUUCAUAGAUUCACGCAAAUAUACUUUUCCUUUAUGUCAAAUUAUCAUUGCCUUAUCUAUGGUUCAUACAGAUUUUGAGUCAUUAAACUUCCAAACUUUUCUAGAAUUUUCUGUCAUUUAUUUCAAGUAUUUUCCCAAGAAUUUUUAGGGAGAAAGAUCGACUUUUGAUGAAGUUAAUAUACUAAUAUACAUAUCAGUACAAAGUUGGUAUAACGCCUUGUUUCCUGUCACAUUAAAAAUGACAAAGAAAGGUAAUAUAGCUCAUAAUUUUGUUACAACACUUAUGAGAUUUGUUAUCAUAAACAUUUAAGAAAAACGUAAUUAUCUUGACCAAAAACGCAGAUUCAAGGACAUUUCAACGCAUUUAUACCAAAUUCCAAGGUACGGCAAUGAAUUCCUAGACUUUUCCAACAAAGGCUAAAAUUCAAGGAUUUUUCAUAUUUGUAUGAACCAUAAUAUCAUUUGGGUAGGAACGCAUAAAAAACGGGCCCACUGUAAAAAUAUAUGUUAUCGAUAUCGUAGUGCACGUGAUAACAUUGUUUAUGUAUAUUUACCGCAAUGCCCGCAUAUGGCCACAUUUAUUCAUUAUUGUUGAAAGCACUAUAAAUCGAUUUCUAAGGGUGUUAGAUGUAAAAGUGUACAUUUAGAAAUCACUGUAUUUCAAGUAUGCAUUUAGUAUACAAUAUUAUAAUAGGGGAUCAAAAUGCCAGUUAAUGUACAGCGCUUUACCAGGUCUAAUGAGAUUUGUGAGAUUAAGUAAAUCUGUUUUACAAUUAGUCGGAUUAGCGUAGAUGGUGGUGUAUAUAAUUAAGCAUUACUUAAUAAACGGUUACCUCUUG